AUGCCAUAUACUCCGAUUAAUAAGUGUUUACCGGUGACUGUAGACAUACGUUUGCAGCACAGAUACUCAGACAUUGCAACGAACCUUUCGCGUACAACACAUUUUAAUAAAAUAGAAGUGCUGCGAUUGCUACAGUUGCAUUACAUGCUAACAAAAGAAAAUACAGUACCUAUGGAUAAGUUAAGUUUCAUUCAAUUUAUGGACGUUUUUUUGGGGGUAAGAAACGUAGACGCCGUAGAUAAAAUAUUUCUACUCAGUUGCGAAACAAACAAACAAUACUUAAUUGGACCUGAGUUCGUCAGGGUAUUGUCAAUGUUAUUAAAAGGAACACUGCCCGAUUUGAUAAACUUUUGCUUCGAAGUUUACACAGAAAUGAUCAGGUCACCCAAAUAUAUUAAAAAAGAGGACGUUUUAUUGAUGGCCAGAAGAAACAGCAUGAAAAUGUGUAAAAUAAUCAAUAUGGAGGAAUACGAUCAAAGUUUCGUGGAUUUCGUCAUGACUGAGGUCGACAAGGAUCGUGACAACAGAAUAUCACUGGAAGACUACCGUAAAUCUGUACACGAAAAUGUCGCUUGGUUACAGUUCUUGGGGCAAGUCCUUCCAGCGUCUUCCAAAAAAGAAACAUUUAUGCGAUUAUUUACGAAUCGACCAUAUGUCAACAAUAUACAGACUACAGCUGCAGCGAUAACUCGUAAAAACAGGGAGAGUAUUGCUAGGAUGAAAUCUACAACUAGCCAAAUUGAUAACAUCGCUAGUAGUACAUCAUUUUCCAGCGAUUCUACUUGUUUGAUGAUUAACCGCGGCAUUCCUCUAUCUAAUCGUAGAAAAAAUCAAUCAGCAUCAGAUGGAAAUUAUUUAACAUUGUUUUAA